CCCGCCGUCCUCGCAGCCGCCCGGAUGGAGCCUCCGCUGCUGUGGCUGCUGCUGCUGCUGCUGCGGCCGCCGGACACCUGGGGCGCUGGCCCCGUGCGCCUCUUCGUGGUGCCCCACAGCCACAUGGACGUGGGCUGGGUCUACACGGUCGAGGAGAGCAUGCGGGCAUAUGCAGCCAACGUCUACAGCACCGUGGUAGAGGAGUUGACCCGCGGGCCGCAGCGCAAAUUCAUCGCUGUGGAGCAGGAGUUCUUCCGGCUGUGGUGGGACCACGUGGCCUCUGACCAGCAGAAACUCCAGGUCCGCCAGCUCGUGCAGGAAGGACGCCUGGAGUUUGUCCUCGGGGGCCAGGUCAUGCACGAUGAGGCAGUGACACACCUGGAUGACCAGAUCCUGCAGCUCUCAGAAGGACACGGGUUUCUGUAUGAGACAUUUGGCAUCCGGCCCCAGUUCUCCUGGCACGUCGAUCCGUUUGGCGCCUCUGCUACAACCCCCACUCUCUUUGCCCUGGCGGGCUUCAAUGCGCAUGUCAUCUCUCGGAUUGACUAUGACCUGAAGGACGCCAUGCAGGAGGCCCAGGGCUUGCAGUUCGUGUGGCGGGGGUCCCCGUCGCUGCGGGAGCAGCAGCAGAUCUUCACGCACGUCAUGGACCAGUACAGCUACUGCACCCCCUCCCACAUCCCCUUCUCCAACAGGUCAGGGUUCUACUGGAAUGGUGUGGCCGUCUUCCCAGAGCCACCUCAGGACGGGGUGUAUCCCAACAUGAGCGAGCCCGUCACCCCGGCCAACAUCCAGCUGUAUGCUGAGGCCCUAGUGGCCAACGUGAAGCAGAGAGCCGCCUGGUUCCGGACACCCCUCAUCCUCUGGCCCUGGGGGUGCGACAAGCAGUUCUUCAACGCCUCGGUGCAGUUUGCCAACAUGGACCCCCUGCUGGCACACAUCAACAACCACACCGCUGAGCUGGGGGUCACGGCGCAGUACGCCACGCUGGCUGACUACUUCCGGGCCCUGCACGCCCUCAACGUCACCUGGGCUGUCCGUGACCACCACGACUUCCUACCCUACUCCUCAGAACAGUUUCAGGCCUGGACGGGCUUCUACACAUCACGCAGUGCGCUCAAGGGGCUGGCACGGCAGGCCAGUGCCCUGCUCUCCGCCGGCGAGUCCAUGUUCACGCGCGCCAUGUGGCCGGCCCCCACCGGCACCCUGGACCCGGCCUGGGCCCUGCAGCAGCUCCGGCAGCUCCGCUGGGCUGUCUCAGAGGUGCAGCACCAUGAUGCCAUCACUGGCACCGAGUCCCCAGCGGUGAAGGACAUGUACAUGGAGCACCUGACUGCCGGCAUGCGGGGCGUGCACAAGCUCAUGGCCUCCAUCAUCUUGGACCAGCUCCGGCCCCCAGUGGCCAGCUCAGGGCCUGCAGGACACACUGCUUCAGUGUACAACCCGCUGGCCUGGACAGUCACCACCAUCGUCACCCUGACGAUCAGCUUUCCCGGAGUCAGCGUCACAGACGAGUGGGGCCACCCGGUGCCGGCACAGGUCCAGAACUCGACCAAGGUCCUGUCCGCCUAUGACCUGCUCAUCUUGACCACGGUCCCCGGCCUCAGUCGCCGGGACUACCAUCUCAGGCCUGUCCCAGAGGCCCAGGCGACCACGCGCCUUGCUGUCACCCGCCGGUUUGGCCGCAGGCGGAGGGGCUGGGGCAGCCGUGGGCGCCUGGUCCCUGUAGGGAAUGAGUGCUACACCGUGCUGCUGGACACGGACACCGGCCUGCUGCACAGUGUUCGGGAGAGCCAUGGUAACCGGACAGUGCGUCUGGUGCAGGACCUGCUGGAGUACCACGUCAAUGGGGACGUGGGGAAGGGCCCCGUGUCCGACAACUACAUGUUCGCACCCAACCAGAGCGCCAUGCCCGCGUGGGAAGCCGUGGAACUGGAGCUGGUGGCGGGCAAGCUCGUGACCGAGAUCCGACAGUACUUCUACAGGAACGCCUCUGACCGGGAACCCACGUACGUGAUCCACUCGCGGCUUGCCCACGUGCCUCCAGGCGGGGCCGGCGAGCUGCUGUGCCGGCGGGUAGAGCAGGAGUACCGUGUAGGACCCCUGGAGCUGAACCGUGAGGUGGUACUGAGGACCAGCACUGACCUGGACAGCCAGCAAGUGCUCUACUCGGACAACAACGGCUACCAGCUGCAGCGGAGGCCACCCCACGUCCAUGUGCCCAACGCCAUCGCCCGGAAUUACUACCCCAUGGUUCAGUCAGCUUUCAUCCAGGACACCAGGAGCAGGCUGGUGCUGCUGGCGGAGCGGGCACACGGUGUCUCCAGUCCAGGUGACGGGCAGGUGGAGGUCAUGCUCCAUCGGCGGCUGUGGAACAACUUGGCCUGGGACCUGGGCUACAACCUCACACUGAAUGACACGUCGGUUGUGCACCCAGUGCUGUGGCUUCUGCUGGGACCCAGGUCGGCGACUACCGGCCUGCGGCCACAGAGCAGCCUGGCCCUGCAGCACAGGCCCGUGGUGCUGCUGAGAGAGCUGGCUGGCACCGACCCAGUGACCCCAGGACCCCGGCAGCAAGAACCUGUGACGUUGCCCCUGAACCUGCACCUGCAAACGCUGAGCAUCCCCGGCUGGACGUACAGCUCCAACCACAGCGAGCACCUGCACAGCCUUGACUCAGGGCAUCCCGGCGAGACCCAGGCUGACCUUGGCCGCGUCCUGCUGCGGCUCCACCACCUGUAUGAGGUCGGAGAGGACCCAGUCCUGUCGCAGCCAGUGACCGUGAACCUGGAGGCCGUGCUGCGGGGACUGGGGUCCCUGGUGGCCGUGGAGGAGCGCUCUCUCACGGGGACAUGGGAUGCGCACACACUUCAUCGCUGGAGCUGGAGGACAGAGGCUGGCUGCCGCCAAGGUUUGCAAACCCCUGCCUCAGCCCCUCCAGAAGGCCCCCUGGUCACCAUCUACCCCAAGGAGAUCCGGACCUUCUUCGUCCACUUCCAACGGCAGUGAGCCCACACCGGGGCCUUCAGAGCGGGGCUCCACGGAGCAGAACAGACCCAGGGCAGGGGACAGCCACGCAGAAGGCCAGGGGCGCAGAGCAUCAGCGGCCAGAGGAGUGGGCCGCCACCAGUGUGUCUGCAUAAAGCCUCUCCUGCAAUAAACAUGAGACGUGGCAAGCUGA